AUGGCCGAGGUUGACGGUGACUCCAAAAUUCGGGACCCUGCAUACGUAGAUGACGUUGAAGUCGGGAAAGAGAGCUCCGACGGACCUACAACGGAAUUGGAUCCUUCAGUUAAGAAAGCCCUCGUUUGGAAGCAAGACUUGAGGAUUGUUCCACUAUGCGCCGCUAUCUAUCUACUCUGCUACCUUGAUCGCUCCAACAUUGGAAAUGCGAAAGUCCUUAAUGCGGCCACCAAAGAUGACCUUCUCUCUCAAACGAACAUGACCGACUUUGAAUACACCAUCGCUUUGAUGGUGUUUCUUAUCGCAUAUGCCAUUUUCGAAGUCCCCUCGAACAUCCUCUUGAAGAGGCUCUCCCCUUCCAAGUGGAUCGCUUUCUUAAUGCUGUCAUGGGGAGCCAUCACCAUGGGGCUUGGUGGAGCACAUUCUUACGGCGCUGUUACCGGAAUCAGAUUCCUGCUUGGUGUAUUUGAAGCCGGCCUCUUCCCUGGUCUAGUCUACUACCUCACGUUCUGGUACCGCACCGACGAACGCUCUAUCCGCGUCGCCGUCAUCCUCGCCUCCGCAACUCUCGCAGGUGCCUUCGGCGGCGCAAUCGCCUACGGCGUUGGCCACAUGAACGGUACCUCCGGCCUCUCUGCCUGGCGCUGGCUCUUCAUCCUCGAAGGCAUCCCCAGCUGCCUCUCCUCCAUCUUCGUCUUCUUCUUCCUGCCCGACUACCCCGAAACCGCCCAGUGGCUCACCCCCAUCGAGCGCGCCAACGCCAUCUCGCGCCUCCGCCUCGAAGGCUCAAAAGGCUCCGCCAGGACCAGCUGGGCCGAAGCCUCGCAAACCCUCACCGACUGGCGCCUAUACGCGCACUACGCCAUCUACUUCGGCAUCUCGACCCCCUUCAGCUCCCUCUCCCUCUUCACCCCCUCCAUCACCGCCGGCCUGAACUACACAGGCCUCCAGGCCCAGCUCAUGACGGUACCCCCCUACGCCGUCGCCUACGUUGUCACGCUGCUCGUCAGCUGGUCCGCCGACCACUUCAACGCGCGCGCCCUGCACUCCGCCCUCUUCGCCACCAUCGGCGCCGCCGGCUUCCUCGCGUCCGCCGUGCUGCCCGCCCCCGCGUACACGCAGCGCUACGGGUGCCUCAUCGUCGCCGCGUCGGGCGCCUUCUCGUGCAUCCCGCCGCUGCUGGGCUGGCUGUCGUCGAAUCUGCACAGCACGGGCGCUGCGGGGCUGGCUAUUGCGCUGAAUAUCUCGUUCGGCGCGCCGGGGCAGAUUGCCGGGGUGUGGAUUUAUAAGGCGGAUGAGAAGGAGAAGGGGUAUCCGACGGGCCACUGGACGAAUGCUGGAUUGCUGUUUUUUGUUGCUGCGGGGUGCGUGGGGUUGUGGGCGUAUUAUCGCGCGUUGAAUCGGCGGAGCUUGCGGGACGAGGGGAGGGCUAAGUGGGCGUUGUGAGGGGUGGUGGAGAGAUUGCGGUUGUGAUUGUUUCCUGCGUUGAAGGACGAUAGUAAUGGAUAUAUUCAUAUUUGUUGAAUGCACCCCUAUCUGAAGUACCGGCGAAGGUCAGGGUGAGACCUUAGAAGAAGCAUGUAUGGCCGCGGUAAUUUCCUCUUUGAAGACCCGCAUAAAGCGAGUGCAUUCAAUGAGAAAAGGGCCCACUGCCGAAGCGAGUGGGCAGGAGUGCACAAUCGCAUAGCGAUCGAGACUUAAUUAAGCAAUC